UUGUACCAAAAUUGAUAUUGAACAAUACCGAACUAAAAUUUCGUGAUCGAAAUUGGUACAAUGUAAAAUCUCAUACCGCUAGAGUAAUGGUUUAUACACAGAUUCGAAGCGCCGUCGUACGGCUUGAAGGAGGUCAGAUUCCUCGCCGGCAACCAAGAUUGGUCCCAGACGACAGCCUCGUACAUCUUCCCGGCGGCCUUAGUGGCGAUCACGAGCCUGUAAUUCAUCCCGGCGACGACUUGUUCCUCGCCUUUGACCACGCGUUCGAACUCCAGGGUGGUGUUCGCCGCCUUGUUGAUGGCGGCUACGGCGAAUCUUCCGAUCUCCACCACUUAGGGGGAAGGGGGCAUCGCGAUGGGCCCCCAUCCGCCUAGAAGGCUAUCCGAGUCGCCGGGGGAGGGGAAGAGCAGGGCGGCGGAGGCCACCACGAAGAACAGGACGAUGCGAGAAUUUAGGGCCAUAUU